ACACAAGGUGACGUCGACGCCGGAGGAUUCAGUCAAAGAUGGCGUCCCUUCUGCAGCCCGACAGGGUUCUCUACCUAGUUCACGGAGAGAAAAAGAUCCGAUCGCCGUUGUCUACACUUUAUUUUUGCCGGUAUUGCAGUGAAUUGCGUUCCUUAGAAUGUGUGUCGCAUGAGGUGGACUCCCAUUACUGUCCAAGCUGCCUGGAGAAUAUGCCUUCAGCAGAGGCAAAGCUGAAGAAGAACAGGUGUGCCAACUGCUUUGACUGCCCAUGCUGCAUGCAUACCCUGUCCACCCGGGCCACCAACAUCCCAGCCCCUCUUCCUGACGACCCCAGCAAGACGGCCAUGAAGAAAGCCUAUUACCUGGCCUGUGGCUUCUGUCGCUGGACAUCCAGAGAUGUGGGCAUGGCUGACAAGUCUGUGGCCAGUGGAGGAUGGCAGGAGCCGGACAAUCCUCAUACUCAACGGAUCAAUAAACUGAUAGAGUAUUACCAGCAGCUGGCCCAGAGAGAGAAACUGGAGAGGGACCGGAAGAAGCUGGCCAGGAGACGACCCUACAUGCCACUGGCCUUCUCGCAACACACUAUUCAUGUGGUGGAGAAGUAUGGGCUGGGUACCAGACUACAGAGACAGAGACCUGGAGCUCCUAUCACCAGUCUGGCUGGUCUUUCUCUGAAGGAAGGUGAAGACCAAAAGGAGAUUAACAUAGAGCCAGCCCAGGCCUUAGAUGAGGUAGAACCACUACCUGAAGACUACUACACCAAACCAAUCAACCUACCUGAGGUGACCACCUUGCGUCAGCGGCUGCUCCAGCCUGACUUCCAGCCUGCCGGAGCCUCUCAGCUCCACCCCAAACACAAACACCUGCUCAUCAAGCGCUCUCUGCGAUGCAGGAAAUGUGAGCACAAUCUGAGCAAGCCAGAAUUCAACCCAACUUCAAUAAAGUUCAAAAUCCAGCUGGUGGCUGUGAGUUACAUCCCUGAAGUCAGAAUAAUGUCCAUUCCAAACCUGCGCUUCCAGAAGGAGUGCCAGGUGCUGCUCACCCUGACCAACCCAGUGGAGAAUAUUACCCACGUCACCCUGGUGGGCUGUAAGGAGGGAGACCCGGAGGACAUCAACACCACUGCGAAGGUGAUGGUUCCUACCAAGGAGUUGGUCCUGGCAGGGAAGGAUGCUGCAGCAGAAUACGACGAGUUGGCUGAGCCUCAGGACUUCCAGGACCACCCAGACGUGGUGGCCUUCAGGAAAUCCAAUAAGAUUGGUUUCUUCAUCAAGGUGGUCCCUCAGCGCGAGGAGGACGGUGAUGUCACGGUGGCCUUUAAGAUUCGCCACGACUUCCGGAAUUUGGCGGCUCCCAUAAGGCCGAGCGAGGAGGACGAUGCCCCCACCGAGGCAAUAUGGCUCACACACCACGUAGAGCUCAGCCUGGGGCCGCUCGUAGCGUGAAGUUACACACACUGAAUACACACACACACACACACACACACACACACACACAAAAUACAUAUAUACACUGAGUAUACAAAACAUUAAGAACACCUGCCCUUUCCAUGACAGACUGACCAGGUGAAAGUUAUGAUUCCUUAAUAAUGUCACUUGUUAAAUCCACUUCAAUCAGUCUAGAUGAAGGGGAGGAGACGGGUUAAAUCCUCUUCAAUCAGUCUAGUUGAAGGGGAGGAGACAGGUUAAAUCCUCUUCAAUCAGUCUAGAUGAAGGGGAGGAGACGGUUAAAUCCUCUUCAAUCAGUCUAGAUGAAGGGGAGGAGACGGUUAAAUCCUCUUCAAUCAGUCUAGAUGAAGGGGAGGAGAUGGUUAAAUCCUCUUCAAUCAGUCUAGAUGAAGGGGAGGAGAUGGUUCAAGAAGGAUUUUUAAGUCUUGAGACAAUUGAGACAUAGAUUGUGUAUCUGAGGGUGAAUGGGCGAGACAAAAUAUUUAAGUGCCUUUGAGCGGGGUUUGGUAGUAGGUGCCAGGCGCACCAAUUUGAGUCAAGAACUGCAACGCUGCUGGGGUUUUUCACGCUCAACAGUUUCCUGUAUGUAUCAAGAAUGGUCCGACACCCAAUGAACAUCUAGCCAACUUGUCACAACUGUGGCAAUGGAGUCGACAUUGGAGUUCAUGACCUGAUGAACUGAGGCUGUUCUGAGGGCAAAAGGGGACGGGGGGGUGACCUCAGGUUCCUAAUGUUUGGUAUAGUCAUUAUAUACAGUAGAGCAGUGUUGAGAGAGAACACACUAACAGACACACACACACACACACACACAUACUCGACUAGCAACAGUUCUCUACCACCAAGCAGUUCCAGAGACCCUUUCCUGCUUCACGCUUCAACUUAGGCAUUAUCUUCCUCAUCCUCCUAAGGAUGAAGAGUAUUUACCUGCAUGCUAUGCCAGGCUACAUCUAUCUACUAAUACAUGUCAUUGCUGUACUCCUCUCUGGGUUGAAGGUAGGAUGAGACUGUCAUUACUGUACUCCUCUCUGGGUUGAAGGUAGGAUGAGACUGUCAUUACUGUACUCCUCUCUGGGUUGAAGGUAGGAUGAGACUGUCAUUACUGUACUCCUCUCUGGGUUGAAGGUAGGAUGAGACUGUCAUUACUGUACUCCUCUCUGGGUUGAAGGUAGGAUGAGACUGUCAUUACUGUACUCCUCUCUGGGUUGAAGGUAGGAUGAGACUGUCAUUACUGUACUCCUCUCUGGGUUGAAGGUAGGAUGAGACUGUCAUUACUGUACUCCUCUCUGGGUUGAAGGUAGGAUGAGACUGUCAUUACUGUACUCCUCUCUGGGUUGAAGGUAGGAUGAGACUGUCAUUACUGUACUCCUCUCUGGGUUGAAGGUAGGAUGAGACUGUCAUUACUGUACUCCUCUCUGGGUUGAAGGUAGGGUGAGACUGUCAUUACUGUACUCUGGGUUGAAGGUAGGGUGAGACUGUCAUUACUGUACUCCUCUCUGGGUUGAAGGUAGGGUGAGACUGUCAUUACUGUACUCCUCUCUGGGUUGAAGGUAGGGUGAGACUGUCAUUACUGUACUCUGGGUUGAAGAUGGGGUGAGACUGUCAUUGCUGUACUCCUCUCUGGGUUGAAGGUAGGGUGAGACUGUCAUUACUGUACUCUGGGUUGAAGGUGGGGUGAGACUGUCAUUGCUGUACUCCUCUCUGGGUUGAAGGUAGGGUGAGACUGUCAUUACUGUACUCUGGGUUGAAGGUGGGGUGAGACUGUCAUUACUGUACUCCUCUCUGGGUUGAAGGUGGGGUGAGACUGUCAUUACUGUACUCCUCUCUGGGUUGAAGGUAGGGUGAGACUGUCAUUACUGUACUCUGGGUUGAAGGUAGGGUGAGACUGUCAUUACUGUACUCUGGGUUGAAGGUAG